GCCGAUUGGUUCGCGUUGCCGUCAAUCACGAGGCAAGGCGUUACCUUCAAGUCGUUUGUGGCGCAAAAAAAUGGCAGAGAACCUUAAAGACCCAAGCAGACCCCAAAUGUAUUUAUUUGGGUGUGUGCUGAAGGCUGAUAAAAAAGAGCACAAAGUCGAGGUCGACGAUGAUGAAGUUGACCACCAGCUCUCCCUAAAAGCGGUGUGUCUGGGAGCAGAAGCCGAGGAUAAGUUACACACAGUGGAGAUAGAAGGAGUGACAUACGAUGGCAAGACGACCAAAAUCCCUCUUGCUGUGCUGAAGCCGUCUAUCCUGCCUUCUCUUAGUUUAGGCGGGUUUGAAAUCACUCCCCCAUUUACAUUCCGUUUGCAGUCCGGAGCCGGCCCAGUCUACAUCAGUGGCCAACAUUUUGUCAGUACGAAGGAGUCUGAUGAUGAGGAUGAAGAAGAGGAAAAUAACACAUCACCGGUGAAGAGACCUUCUAACAUGGUCACUGGAAAAGUGCCACAGAAGAAGCUCAAAAUUGAUUCAGACGUAGACGAGGAUGACGAGGAUGAUGACAGUGAAGAUGAUGAGGAAGACGAUAGUGAUGAACAUGACGAUGAAAAGCCAGUUGCACCAAGCCCCAUCAAACCCUCAUUGAAAGCUCCAGAGAAAAAGAAGGGUGCAGACAAACAAAACGGCUCACCAGGAAAAAAAGACGACAAACCAGGGAAGCCUCAGAACCAGGUUGCAAUAAAGGGGAAAGACAAGACUGGAGCAGGACCUUCUGGGAAGACUCCCAGCAAGCCCAGCAUAAGUGAGGUCAAGAACAGAUUAACAACUGCUGCUAAAGAGGGUAAGCCGUUUCCAAAAACGGAACAGAAAUUUGAGAACUACGCCAAGAACGCUUUCAAGAUCUCCGAUAAAGAAGUGAUCAAAGACCUUUGGAACUUUAUACAAACACUGAAAAAGUAAUGGCAGCUUUUUGCGACAUGUCUCCGUCUACGUUCCCCCUCCGUCCCCCAUGUACCAGAGGAAUAUCCAGUGAUGGCCUUCAGCUGUGAAUUCUGGCUCCUUCCGCUCUAAUGGAACCCGUCCACUUCCCUCUGUGUGUAAUAAGACUUUCAAAAUAGAAAGACACUGAGUAGUUAAAGAGAGCCCAUUACCUUGUGUUAUUUUAACAAACCCCACCAAUGUGUUGUGGAUGUGUCAGACAUAGGUCUUCUAUCAAUGGUGGUAAAUGUUGUACGACAGCUAUGAAGUAGCUAGGGUAAUUUGUGUUGAAAUACAUCUGCGGGGUUAACUGCAGUGUAAACUGCAAUUUCAGUA